UCAUCUUCUUCUUGAGCCUCUUCUUUUCAUUCUUCUUCGUUUCUCGUCCUCGGAAUCGAAACCCUCCGGCGAUCUCCAAUCCCGACGAUGGCGCCCAAGCUCUUCACCUGCUUUGGGCGCGGUGCGUCAUCGUCAUCCACCACCUCCUACAAGGCGCCUUCCCCGGACCACCACGCCAUCGCCGACCAGACUUCCGAGGAACUCCGCCGCGGAGGCCCGGUUCUUGUAGAGUUCUUCUCUUCCCAGGGUUGUGGUACCUCACCGGAGGCUGAGGUUGUUGCCACCCGCCUCGGCCGUGGGGACCUUGGACUUGAGGUCCCCGUCGUCGUCCUGGUUUGGCAUGUGGAUUACUGGGAUUACAGAGGGUGGAAGGAUCCCUUUGGAUCGAGUGUUUGGACGGUGCGGCAGAAGGCUUUCGUUGAUUCGCUGCGGCUGGACACGCUGUAUACGCCACAAGUGGUGGUUCAUGGCCGGGCGCAGUGCAUGGGGACCGAUGAGGCCGCCAUUGUUGAUGCAGCACUUGCUGCUCCGAGAUUCCCAUCUCCAACCAUGCAGGCAACGUUCCAGAAGCCAUCACCAAACAUGCUGCAGGUCUCCUUCUCAGGGGCACUGAGGUCGAAGGUAGACAGCAAUGGCGCCGACAUAAUGGUGGUGCUGUAUGAGACCAGGAUAGUGACAGACUGCGAACGGGGUGAGAACAGGGGCCGUCUCCUGACCAACGACUAUGUUGUUCGGUGCUGUGAGAAGUUGCUCACUGUGAAGGAUGUCUCUGCCAAGAAGAUCAUCUCAGGGAGUGUCCAUUUCUCGCUUUGGGAGGGCUUCAACCGCUCCAAGUGUGGCAUUGUUCUCCUUGUCCAGAACAAGUCACUGCAAACAUAUGGUGUCCAGCAUAUUCCCAUUCCAGACACCAUUUGAUUGUUGAAUGGUUGAAUUUUGCGGCUUAUGAUGCUGAGGACGUUGAGCUAUAUAUGUCAUCGGCACUGUGUGCUUGUCUGCUUGUUGUUUCUGUCUCAUAGGAAUUGGAUAUGCAAAGGAGGCAGGUUUUUAUAUGGUUUGGAAUUAUGAGCAGCAUUCGAGUGUAUCUUGG